AUGUCGUUCGCCAUUGCUCCCGCUGUGGCGGUUCGAAUUGAUAACAAAACGUCGCAAACAGCGAAAACAGCCGAUGUUUCAUGGCUGACUGGCUGGGAUGGGCUGAUGGAACAGGGCGGACGGCACGACCGUUCGUUCACCACUAUCUCGUCGUUUUCGUUUGACAGCGCAGCAAUAGAUGGCACCACACACACAUACACACGCACAGACACAUACCCCUAA